AUGUCUGUGCUGAUGAUAGCUCGCCCGCGCCUGCCGGUGGUGGCCUCGUACGCCUCAGUACAACAUAUGAACAAUCUUACGCAGAAGAAAUACAUGUCUAGUGUAGUGGUCAAGCACGGACGAGGCGGUCGUGUUAGUGUAUCGGGACAUACCGUGACAGUACUGGGAGCCACAGGCCAGAUAGGUCGCUAUUUAGUGCAGCGAUUGGGACGCAUUGGCACACAGAUGGUCAUCCCAUACAGAGGAGAUGAGAUGCACUUUCGCCACUUGCGUCCUCUCGCAGAUGUGGGCCAAAUCAACUUCGUGGUAU